AUGUCAUCGAGUGGUGUUGAAGUUGAAGAUGAAGGAGCACAAUCGCUGCCAAUGCUUUAUAAUGCGAGGAGCGCUCUCUCGCUAAAUAAAAAUAAUCCAUUUCUUAAGACGAAUAGACUCAGUAAUACAGCUGAAACUACGAGGAGUGUUGGCGAUUUAUCUCUUCUUAUAAGAAACGAGCAAAGAGACUCCCAUACUGUACUAACAUCGACAACCUUGAAUAAUAGCACCUCUAAUAUCCUCAAGCCAAACAAAAACAGCUCAAUCAUCACUCCAACAAACGCCAGAUUUGAGUUUGCCAGGCCAUUAAAUCAUCAGGUAUCCAAUUCAUCAAUAUCGUCAACCUCUGUUAGUAACUUGAAUAAUAAUAAUGCACAAUCACCAAUACGAGCAGUAGUAUCUCCAGAUAAAUCUGUCAUGAACUCAAUUGAAAGAAAUGCAAAGUAUCUCAGUGUUAUUGAUUUGUACGAUGAUGAUAGUGCAUCAGUUCCUUCACCUGCCCAACAACCCCAGGCCAACACACCAAGACACUCUUUGCGAAUUGAACAUCCAGCUAUGAAGACACUAGAUACUAAAGAAUCCAUUUAUUCACCAACAAGUGUCAGCUCUUUCAAUUUUGUUUCUAAAAACUUUGAUGAUAGUCUGGAUGAAUUGCCUUUGGGGACCAUUAAUGAUCUUGGCCAAGCAAACCCAAUAAUUGCUCAUCCAGAAAAUAGACACAGGAAACAAGAAACUCUAUAUUAUUCGCCGCAGAACUCUCUCAACGAUGUUGUGUUAGCUAAUGAUGGCGUUGCCAAAGGCGCAGUUGACUUACAGAAAUCAUUCAGUGAAGCAUCAAAUAAUCAUAAUAAUUCAGUAAUAAUAAGGUCCCCUGAGUCCAUAGCUCAUAAUGGAGUGGAUAAUAAAACAAUUCAUGUUCAAGGAAUAAUAUCUAAGGACACGGAGUUGUCCGAUCUGAAACAAUCCAGACACCCAAGCCAAGCUGAAUCAAAUCUUCAAAAACAGCAAGGUGACUCUAGCAGUAGCAACACAAAAAAUAAAGCUGCCAACCCGUUCUUGGAUGUUGAUAGUCUAAGUGGCAAUAAUAGCUCUGAAAUGGCGAAUAUUCCAGCUGAAUUGGUUUCUGUGACAACCCCGGCUGGCGUCACCAACAUAAAUAAGGUCACUAACUCAAAAAUCACACCAAUAUCGUAUGCUACCACUCCCUCAAUUAAUUUAACUGGAUCCCCCUUGGCGGCUAUUAGCGCGAAUGUGACUCAAAGUCUCUCCAAUUUUGAUCAAUCUUCCAAAAAGCAUGCUAAAGGUAACUCAAUUAAUGAUCUUCAAAGCGCUACUAGCAAUGUGACUGCUGGGAAUUCUAGUAAUAUUAAUGUCAGAAAUUUUAUUAAUAAUAACCACUCCUUGCUAUCAGUUCAAUUAUCAAAAGAAUCGUCUUUACCGCAUUCCAAUGUUGUUCAAAUUGAAUCUGUUUCGCGAAAUCUUUUGAUUGGCGAUAGAGAUAGAUAUGGUUUCAAAAAGAAAACUUCAUUUGUAAAUGAACAGGAAUAUAAUAAUUGGUGGAUGCAAUAUGAACCAUAUCUAAUCAGACGCAAGAAGAAGUGGGAGACCUUGAUGUCGCAAAACGGCUUGAAUCUUAAUAAGGAUAAUCCUGCGAGAUUCCCAGCCAGGUCUAACAAAUUAAAAAGAUAUGUUCGAAAAGGUAUACCUGCAGAAUGGAGAGGGAAUGCAUGGUGGUAUUUCGCUCGGGGGUAUGAAAAAUUGGAGAGUAAUCCUGGGUUGUAUGACAAGAUCAUUGACAAUAUAUCAGGAAUAAAAACGCAUGAUGCGGAAAUUAUAGAAAGAGAUUUGAAUAGAACUUUCCCAGAUAAUAUGUAUUUUCGAAGUGCUGACCAAAGUAAAGAAGAAACUCCUUUGAUUCAAAGUUUGAGAAGAGUGUUGGUGGCAUUCGCCAUCUAUCAACCGCAAAUUGGAUACUGCCAGUCGUUAAAUUUUCUAGCGGGGUUGUUGUUAAUUUUUCUUGACGAGGAACGUGCUUUUUGGAUGCUAGUUAUCAUCACUUCUAGAUUAUUACCGGGUGUUCAUGAUGUCAAUUUGGAGGGUGUCAAUAUUGAUCAAGGUGUUUUGAUGCUCUGUGUUAAAGAAUACCUACCGAACGUUUGGAACAAGAUUGGAUUCAAUUUCGAUAGUAAUGGGAUGGAUGGUAAGCAGAGCUUUAAUAAUGAAGUCAAUGUGGUUACCAAGUUGCCUCCAAUUACUCUUUGUACUGCUAGUUGGUUUAUGAGUGCGUUUAUCGGUAUCUUGCCAAUAGAAACUUGUCUCAGAGUGUGGGAUUGCUUUUUCUACGAGGAGAGCAAGGUGUUUUUCAGAAUCGCUUUAAGUAUCUUGAAAUUGGCGGAGCCAAGGGUUGAAAAGAUUAAAGAUGAAAUGGAAGUCUUCCAAAUUAUUCAAAAUUUUCCAAAGAAGUUACUUGAACCAAAAGAUUUGUUUGAAUGUUGUUUCAAGAAGCGGAAUGGUUUUAGUAAUUUAACACAGGAGGAAAUUAAUAGAUGUCGAAAGUUUGUCAAAGAACAGCGUCAAAAGGCGUCUAAAUCACAGAUACUGACCAAGGCUGCCUCCGGUAAUAAUAAAGGGAAAUCAACCGAUGAACUAAAUGAUGUUCAAAAAUUGAGAAAGGAAAUGGAUGAAAACUUCAUUCCUGAGGAAUAUGACUUUAAAAAGAAUGGUCUUGCAGGAGCUCAUUGGAAAACAACCCUUUCAAAGAAAAUAAGGAAGCAAAAGAUCAAAGGGCACCAUAUGCAUUUUUAA